AUGGAGCUGCUGAUCAUUGCGAUGCUGGUAGUCGGGGCAGCCGCAGACUCAGCCUCAGCCUCAGAGGGAGAACGGAUCGUUGGGGGGAGAGACUGCCGCAUUGGCUCCCGGCCCUACCAGGUGGCUCUCCUGAGGAACGGCCACAUCUACUGUGGCGGGAGCCUGAUAGACCCCAAGUGGGUGCUAACUGCUGCGCACUGCCGCUCAGGGAUCGGCUCCCUGCAGGUGCAUCUGGGGAAUUAUAAUCUCCGGGCGAAGGAAGGCACAGAACAGAUACGAAGAAUCCGCAAGUUCUUUGUGCAUCCAGGGUAUAACCUCCGCCGUUAUGACAAUGACUUCAUGCUUCUGGAGUUGGAUGCACCAGCUCAACUCAACAGCUACGUGAACACAGUCAACCUGGCUACCCGUUGUCCCUCUCCUGGAACACCAUGCAUCGUGUCAGGAUGGGGCUCUAUCAGUUCCCCCCGAAGGCUGUUCCCAAACACCAUGCGGUGUGCAGAUGUCUAUAGCGUCAGCCAGGCCAGGUGCCAGGGCACUUAUGGGAGCAUAAUCACGGAGAACAUGUUCUGUGCUGGCGUGGAGCAGGGUGGCAUAGACUCAUGCCAGGGGGAUUCAGGAGGCCCACUGGUCUGCAACGGGCGGCUGCAGGGCGUGGUCUCCUGGGGGAUGUCCGUUUGUGCCCUGCCGGGACGGCCCGGCGUCUACGCCAAUGUCUGCAAAGCUGCCCAGUGGGUGAGGAACACCAUAGGGACGAAGUGCAUCGGAUCAGACUGAGAGCUCACAGCGUGUCACGCCUGCCACAAUAACCCACCAAACACACGCCCCAGCCACGCCUCUCCUCAUCUCGCCGCGGCACCCGGGGGGUGCUGAUCUGCAUGGGACUAGGAUGGGGGCACUGCGGUGGGGCCAGCCCAAAGCAGCCAGUGGUUAUGAGCCAGGCCUGACAAAAUCCUGAGACUAGGUUAAAAAUGCGGGACUGGUUUAAAAAUCAUGAAUCAGCCUAAAGAUUGUGAGAUUGCUUUAAAAUCAUGAGAUCAGCGUUAAAUUCAUGAGAUUGCUUUAAAAAAAUCACGAGAUUGGCUUAAAAGUCAUGAAUCAGCCUGAAGUCCACAGGAUUGCUUCAAAAAUCGAGAUGUUGAGUUUAAAAAUCAGGAGUUUUGGUUUAGAAUCAUGGGAUUAGUUUGAAAGCCACGAGACUGCUGUAAAAAUCGUGAGAUCAGCCCGACGACUGUGAGAUGGGUUUAAAAAUCAUGAGAUUGGAUUAAAAAUUAUGAGACGGGUUUUAAAAUGCCACCAAUAGUGCACAGGUCUUUGCUCUGGUCUCUUGCAUUAGUUCGGGUGGCAUAAGAGGCUAUAACUGCUCUGAAGUCACCAAGUCUGACGUCUCAUGGAGUUCAAACUUUGUCAUACGGUGCUACAGGAACAUAGCUACAGCGCCUGUGGCGUAGACAAGCCCCAGGAGUUCAUGUUCAGCUGAUUAUCCACCACCAAAAUCUUUCUGAGCAUCACUACUUCUAUGGAGAGGGUCCCCCAUCCUCCAAGUCUGGCGGACAGUCUUUGGUCCGAGAUAGAUGCAUUUACAUGUAGCCAUUUACAUCCCCACGAGAUUCAGCGUAAAACGGUGAGGCUUGGCAGUGGUGAGACUCAGUGACCCAAAUCUCACAUGAUUUUAUGGCACGUCUCAUGAGGGUGGGUUUGUUUGUUUCUUAAAGUCUUGAGCUCCUGGAGUCAUGGGACUCUGAGAAUCUGAGCUUUUGUUGGCAGAAAUCACUUUCUAGACCUAGGCUUUGGGGAAACCCACCCUUAGAGGCUCUAAAAACAGUGAACAAACAAACCCUAGUGGUUUAGUUUUGUUUUUCACAUCUUGUGAUUUUUUUUAAGCCAAUCUCACAAUUUUGAGUGGGCCCGGACUUGCCAAUUUUGAACUCUUGGGGGUAAGAGAUACUAGCGACAAGGGUUGGAAAAAGCACUGACUGAUCCUAGAGCAGAAGCUGUGAUAGAGGACAGACUGACAAAGGGUGAGGCAGUUUAUGCUCAGAAAAUAAGGCUCCCAGUCCAUGUUGAAAUGUUCCGUUUCUAUAAUGAAAGCAUGUCAUUUCUACAAUCCUGCAUCUUGGCAGGGGGUUAGACUGGAUGCCCCUUGUGGUCCCUUCUAAGCCUCCAAUUCUAUUAUUCUGUGAUAAUGUUAAAAACUUUUAAUGCCAAGUAUGUACACAAGAGAAGCACCCAAAAGAGGACAGGUAUUUAGCACUUUCUAGCACAGUCAGCAGAAGAGGGCCCAGGGAACAAACCAGAAUCUUUAGCCUGGUUCUCUGAACAUUAAUUUGAUCCUGGAUAAGUAACGUGCGAUGUACUAUGUUAAAGUUCUAUUGU